AUGUUCUCGUCAAUAGUCAAGUCAGCACGCUCUCUCUUCGCUGAGCCUGAAGAGGAAGAGAUUGCGUCUACUCAAUCACCUCGACCUCGAACCAGAGCGUCUGCAAGGCUUGCGGAGAAAGCCUCGCCAGCGAACGGAAUGGUCACAACAAGGAGACAGUCUCGUGGUCUCACCGACAGCGCAAGUAGCACACCAAUCAAAAGCCCACGCAAGAGGCAGACUGCUACUGCUGCGGCGGCUACUGCACCUCUUCCCAGUACUCCCAUAACAACGAGGAAACGAAGAAGACUAGAACCGGAUAACGGCGAAGAUGAUGACUCGCCAGCGGUUUUCCAAACUCCAGCUACCUCAAAAAAGAGUGCGCAGCGCAUGUUUGGAGAUGAUGAGCCCGAAAGUGCGAUCAAAACUAAGCAAGCGAUAAAGAAUUCUUCCGAUGAGGGAGAGGAGGUGAGCGAAGAGGAGGAUGAAGAGGAAGUAGAGGGAGAGAGCUCUUCGGAUGAGCCGGAGACUGGGGCUGUCUCGACAUCCUUCCAGCCUGCCUCCAAAGAGUCCAAUAAAUCAGUCACUGUAAAUGAGUCCACAAAGGAGAAUGGCACGGCCAAAUCGAAAUCCACUCAUGUUCGGUUCGGCAGUGAAGAACCGGAGCUGCCGAGCGUUGAUGCUGCUAGUGCACAAGAAGACGCAGAGCAAAAUGGAGACGAGGAAGAGGAAGAGGAAGAAGAAGAUAGCGAUGAUGAUGAUGAGGCUCCCGAAGCUGUUACGGUUUCUUCUGGACGUGCACAGGCAGAAGCACAGGCAUUGGAGGCCGCCAAGGCAGCGAAAAGUCUAGAGGAUGCCAAGCGAAAGAAGAGACAAGAACGGGAUGCGUUCUUCAAACAGCAAGCCGAAACUUCCCAAAAGCCGAAGAAACGAAAAACGCAGGAAAAGGAUGAAGCCCAUUCCGACGAGGAAAUGGAAGACGGGUCUGGUGGCCUCUCGAGUAAAUCCGGUCUCCCAGCCCUUCUUCCCGAAGAAAUUCUCAUGGCUGAACCUACCAUGAGACCGCCUACGCCAGAGUUUGAGAAUGACCAGACAGCAAAGCCCGCCGCGGUCACUAAGCGACACAAAUACUUUGUGGAUGAGAAACCAAUCAAGGACAAGAGGCGCGGCGACGUAAACGUUCGGGUUCUGGACAAAGCAAACGGGCGUCUGGCGCCAAAAGGAUCAAAGUCGAGCAAGAACGUCCGCGAGGCUUGGCUAGCUGGAUGUCGGGGACGUGCGGGAGCUGGUGGUGGGACGGAGCGACGCAAGAUGGGUGGCGGCUUUGUUCGGCGCUGA